AGUCUAGCCUUAUUACGAGCAUAUGCGCUGUCAGCUUCGUCUGUUAAAGAUCGUUCACAGGCAUUCGCUUGCAUUGGAGUUGGCAUGGCUGCAGGAGGCCUGACUGGUCCUGGUCUACAGCUUGUUGUCACUCUUCUCGGACCGGAUGGUGUAACUGUUGCUGGAUUUUAUAAGUUAAACUUAUACAAUGCACCAGCUCUGAUUGCUUCGCUCUUGAACGUCUGUGGUUUCUUGACCAUUUUUCUAUACUUUGAGGAAAACUAUGAAGUUAUGGAAAGAGACUUAAAAGAGGCACGUACGAAGGAGCUUUGGAGGCCUUACUAUACGCAAAACUAUUCAGAUGAGAAAUGA